GUUUCCUUCACUCGGUGGACAGCUCUGAGCGCGGAGACGGCAGCAGCGAGCUCUCUCAGUCUGUUCUCUCUCUGGUUAUUUCUGCAACUCAUCCCUCGCUGUGCUGCGACUGGCGACCUGCACACACAGGCUGAUUCAGGACGCGUCUGGGGGGGGGAAGCAGCAACAGCAGCAGCAGCACCUGCCUGCCUAGCCCUCCUCCACCACCACCACCACCACCACCACCACCACCACCCUCCCUUCCUGCCCGACCCAGGACCUUGUUUCUGCUGCCACCGCCUCCACUGCCGCUGCCAUCAUGUGCGACUGUUUCCACCUGGCCUUCCCCAACUGGCACGCCGCCUCGUCAGGGACGGGUGCUGGUCGAAGGCUUAGAGCUCCAGAGCCUAAUACAGAGGACGAUUCAAUAUGUGAUGAGCCAUCGCAGUUCACAGAGGGAGAGAGACCACGCCCUCAAGGAUCGUCCCCCGUCGAAGAGUUUCCUGAAACUGGGAAAUACACUGACAGUGACAAAGAGUGUGAAGCGGAGCAUGACCCACACCACAAAAGUGGGAGUGGAAAGAAAAGUAAAAAGUCUGGGCUUGGGUCCAUGUUUGAAAAGCGCUCAACUCCAAAGAUGAGCAAACUGAAGGAAGUUCACAGCCCCGAGUCUGGGGUUAUAGUGAAAACAGCCAAAGAUGGAUGUGCAGAAGGUCUUGUUUAUGGUGGAGGGGGAAAGGAUGGGAUCUUCAUUAAGGAAGUAGUACCAGAGUCACCUGCUUCCAAAAGUCUGAAACUGAAAGAAGGUGAUCAAAUCCUGAGUGCAACAGUCUAUUUUGACAACGUGUCAUAUGAAGAUGCCAUUCAGAUUCUCGAACACGCUCAGGCUUACAAAGUGAAGCUCUGCUUGAAACGCAAACCAGACAUCACAGAGACUGAAGCAGCCAUCGAGUCUGAUGUCAUCCCUGAGGACGAUCUCUAUGCCCCGGAAAUGAGGGAGAAAGGAAAAACCAAAAGACGUGGUGAUGCCCGCAUUUCGUGGCCCAAGUUUCCCUCCUUUGGAAAAGGACGGAAGUCCCGCUUUACCAGGUCUCACAGUUCCUCAGAGGCAGAUGAGCAGAGAAAACUUGAGCUGAGUCCCACUACAAGUGACACAGAGUCACCGAUAAAGUCACAGGAUGCUGUCAAAGACAAGAAAAAGCAUAAAUUAAAGCUUUCUAUGCUGACAAAGAGAGGCCGCAUAAGUUCAACUGAAGACCAGGACACAGACACACCAACAACUGGGCAGAUCAGUGGCAAAAUUCUCCAGACACAUGACACCUCAGACAUGCUUUCACAUGAGUUCCUUGAAAGCCCCUCAGGAGAAACACCUAAAGUCUAUGUGAAGGAGGAUCAGAAAGUAGUGGAAGUGACUGAACCUCAAACUCAACACAAGGUGGAACUCAUUACUCUAGAUAACACUUUGAAAACAGAAGAUCUAACUGUGGCUCUGGCGGAUAAAGAAAGCUCCCCUGGUAUCAAGUCCCCCGAUGGCAAGAAAAAGAAGAAAGAACGGUCUGAAUUAAAAAUGAAAAUUUUGGGGAAGGAUAAGCACAAGAAAGAUACAAAAGCAAAAUCCCCAAAAAGGCUCAAAACACUCGGGGCAAGUAUUGAAAUACCGGAUCAACCUGACAAUGAAAAAUCAGAUGUCAUCCCAAGUUCAGAAUCACAUACCAAACAGGGAGAUCAACUAGCACUUGAUGCCAAUUCCCAAAUAAUCAGCAAUGAGGGUUCAAAAGUAAUCUCAGCCAAAUCAGUGACAACGCAGAUGGAAAUAAGUGUUCCAAAGGUGGAACUUGAUAUAUCUGAUGUUGCAUUAAUUCGCAAAUCUCCACAGAAAGGUGAGGAAAAAAUGACCAAAGGCAUUAAACAAAAAGAGGAAACAAAGAUUAGUGCAACAUUUAAACUGCCUAAAACUGACUUCGGUGACAUUACCACUGAGGAAACUGUACAAAAAGUGAAUGUAAAGGCUGAAGAAUCCACAACUAAAUUUGAGCAGCUUCCAACUGAAGGUACAAAAGUGAAAGAAGAUCCUUAUGAGCAACUGUCAAAAAGAAGUCUAUCCAGAACACAACUUCCCAAACGUGAGGAAAUUGAGAUACCAGGUAUGGAGGACAUGUCUAUGAGGAUCACAGCCAAAGGAAUUAAAGAGCCUAAAACUGGUUUCACGGGACGUUAUGAAGAAAUUAAAGCUGAAACUUCACCAAUGUCAAUUGAUGUUGACAGUGUGAAAGAGGCAGUUUCAAAAUUACCUGGAUUUAAGCUGCCUAAGGUUGAUACAUCAGGAGUGCCUAUACCUGAAGAAAUUAUUGUGAUAGAUGCAAAUGCACAAAGAAUAUCAGUAAAAACACCUACUAAGGUUGUAGAUACCAAAACAAAACAUGAGGCACACUUCACGAAAUAUGACAUAACUGCCUCUCCAGAAAUCUCAAAGACUACAGUAAAACUACCGAAGAUCACACCUGCUGAUAUAACCUCAGAGGAACUUUUAAUUGAGACCAAGGUAGAUUUAAAAACAACUGAAAAGAAACACAAGAGUAAGGCAAAACAAAGCGACGAAGACAUUAAAACUGAGGAUUACAAAAGAGAAGAUAUUAUAAUCCCCGGAAAAGAAAGUGCACAAGAAGGAGCCAUUCAUCAGGCACAAGACACUGUGAACAUACAAGGCACAGCAGGCAUCAAAUUUGAAUAUGACUCUGCAGUUACACUCAGUCCAAGAGAAUCAGAUAAGAAAACAAAGAAGGCAAGGAUAACAAUGCCUAGCUUUGGGAUUGCCAGACAAGACAUAAAGAUUCCUGACAUUGGAAUGGAUUUUCCAGAACAAAAUAUCUCUCUGCAAAAAGACGAUACUUUAAAAGGAGAAAGGACAAUAUUCCUUCAAGAUGUAAAAAUGUCAAAAAUGGAAUCAAGGAAAGGCAAAGCGGAGACUGGAGAACUCAUAUCCGAUGCCAAAACAGCUGAAACUGAUGAAUUUGAAUAUAUCGAUUCAGUAAGUGGUUCAGACAUCAAAUAUGUUGAAGCUGAGGACCAAACAAACAAAUUGCUCAAAUUUGGAGCAGUUACCGCAGAAAUGAAUUUAAAUGUGCCUGAUGUAGAGAAGGAUGUAAACAUUGAUGGGGCAGAGAUAAAAACAUUUGAAGGAGAGGGAAAGGGUAGCAAGUUUAAAAUGCCAAAUUUUGCCAUCUCCAUGCCAAGGGUGAAAGGGCCUAAAAUUGAUUUAAGCCUAUCAAAAAAAGAUGUAGAUGUCACACUACCACAAGCUAAAGCUGAGGUCAAACUCCAAGAAGUUCCUGAGGUUGAUGUCAAUAUUGGACAUGUAGAUGUUUCUAUUCCAGAACAGAGGUUUGAAGUUGAAAAACCUGAAGUAGAAAUCCAACCUCUGAUGACUGAAGUUGAACGUGAUGGACAAGGAGGCAAGUUCAGAAUGCCAAAAUUGGGAAUUACAAUGCCAAAAGUAAAAGGGCCCGAUGUUGAUUUAAGCUUUUCAAAGAAAGCUGGUGAUGUACCAGAGGCUAAAGCUAAUAUUAAAAUCCCAGAACAACCAGAAAGUGAAGCAGAAAUGGAUGUGCAAGGAAGCAGGUUUAAAAUGCCAAAGUUUGGAAUCUCAAUGCCAAAGGUAAAAGGGCCAGAAAUUGAUUUCAGCUUAUCUAAGAAAGACGUAGAUAUGUCACUACAAGAAGCCAGAGCUGAAGUCAAACUCCCUGAUGUCGAAGAUGUUCACAUUAAGGCACCCAAUGUUGACAUUGAGGGCCCAUCUCUAGAUGUGAAAACAACAGCAGUUGAACUUGAUGGAAAAGGAAGCAAGUUCAAAAUGCCCAAAUUUGGAAUAUCAUUACCAAAAGUAAAAGGAUCUGAAAUUGAUUUAAGCUUAUCAAAGAAAGAUGUAGAUGUCACACUGCCUAAAGCUAAAGCAGAAGUCAAACUUCCUGAUUUCAAAGGUACAGAACCUGGUGUCAAAGUAGAGGUCAAGGCUCCAGAGAUUGCAAUUCACCAACAGGAUGUUGCUGAGGUCAAACUUCCAGAAGUUCCUAAAGUUGAUGUCAGUAUUGGAAAAGCAGAUGUUUCUCUUCCAGAGAAAAAACUAGAAGUUACAAAACCAGAAUUGGAAAUUAAACCUCUGCAAAGUGAAGUUGAACUUGAUGGACAAGGAGGCAAGUUUAAAAUGCCAAAGUUGGGAAUGUCAAUGCCAAAAGUAAAAGGACCUGAAAUUCACUUUGGUAUGUCAAAGAAAGACAGAGAUGUGACACUGCCAGAAGCAAAAGCUGAAGUAAAAGUCCCAGAAGUUGAACUCAAAGAACCCUCUUCUAAGGUGGAGAUUAAAGCACCUGAAAUAAAAGUUGCGGCAAAGGGUAUAGAAGGAUCACCAUCAAAAUUUAAGAUGCCAACAUUCAAACUACCAAAAUUUGGUGUUGGUACUCCAAACAUCUCUGUAAAUCUACCUGAUAUGGACAAAGAUGUUAAAACUGGUGAAGCUGACAUUAAUAUCCCUGAAGAGGAGUGUGUGCUUGACAUUGAAGCACCCAGCACUGACAUUGAGUGCCCUUCAAUAGAUAUGAAAACUACAGGAACUGAACAGGACGGUAAAGGAAGCAAGUUUAAAAUGCCACAUCUUGGUUUCUCUAUGCCAAAGGUGAAAGGACCCAAAAUUGAUGUAAGCCUAUCAAAGAAAGACACAGAUGUCACAUUACCAGAGGCUAAAGCUGAUGUCAAACUUCCAGAGGUUGAUCUUGGAAAAGUAGAUGUUUCAAUUCCAGAUGCUAAGAUUGAAGUUCCAGAGAGCAAGGCUGAAAUCCAACUUCCAGAGGCCCCUAAAAUUGCUGCUGAAAUGAAACCACUAGAGAGUGAAGCAGAAAUGGAUGGUCAUGGUGGGAGGUUUAAAUUACCAAAGUUUGGAGUCAAAAUGCCAAAAGUCAAAGGGCCGGAAUUUGAUUUAAGCUUAUCAAAGAAGGAUGUAGAUGUAAAAUUGCCAGAGACAAAAGCUGAACCUAAAAUUGGUGUCAGUCUUGGAAAAGCAGAAGUUCUAAUUCCAGAGGCAAAGGCAGAAAUUAAGAAGCCUGAAGUGCAAAUCAAACCUUUGCAGACUGACAUUGAAGUUGAUGGACAUGGAGGCAAGUUCAAAAUGCCAAAGUUCGGAAUUACAAUGCCAAAAGGGCCUGAAAUUGAUUUAGGUUUCUCAAAGAAAGAUGUAGAUGUGACACUACCAGAAGCUAAAGCUGAGGUCAUACUCCCAGAUGCUCCUAAAAUGUCCAUGCAUAUGACACCACCAGAGUGUGAGGCAGAAAUUGAUGGGCAAGGAAGCAAGUUUAAAAUGCCAAAGUUUGGGAUCUCAAUGCCAAAAGUAAAAGGGCCUGAAAUUGAUUUGAGUUUAUCAAAAAAAGAUGUAGAUGUGACACUCCCAGAGGCUAAAGCUGAGGUUGAACUCCCAGAAGCUCCUAAAAUUGCUAUGGAUAUAAAACCACCAGUGUGUGAGACAGAAAUUGAUGGGCAAGGAAGCAAGUUUAAAAUGCCACAGUUUGGAAUCACAAUGCCAAAAGUAAAAGGGCCUGAAAUUGAUUUAAGCUUCUCAAAAAAAGACAUGGAUGUGACACUUCCAGAAGCCAAGGCAGAGGUGAAACUCCCUGAUGUUGAACUAAAGGAACCUUCUGUUAAAGUGGAAAUUAACGCUCCAGAGACGGAAGCUCAGUUAGGUCAGUGUUGA